CUCUGCAGACCCAGGGCGAGCGGGAAGAGAAGCGCCGCGCCACGGCCCUCCAGCCCGCUCCACCUGCUGCCCUCCGUCCCCAGGGCUCCCUUGCUGCCCGGGACGCUUCUGCAGCCCGGGCAGGGCCCCCGGAUUUCGGCAUCUCGCCGCCGGGCGCCCAAGGCCGUACGCAGGCCAGACCCGGCCGCGGGCGGGAAAAUUGGCAGCCUGCUUCCCCGGACUUCCCCGGCGGCCGGGACCCCGAGGCUGGGCUCCCCGCCACUCCCGCCCACCCUCAGCCCCACCCUUCCUCCUCCCGCCCCGCCGCCUCCCCGCCCGAGGUCCCGGCAGAGCCCUGCGCGAGCGGAGCACAGGGGGCGCCGCCGGGGCUCAGGUUCCGAGCGAUGGGAGGCUCACACUCGCAGACCCCGAGGGGCCGGGAACCCGCCGCGGAGAGGUCCCCCAGGCUCGGGGAGACCGCCUCGGAUUCUGAAGGUAAUUUUGAGACCCCUGAAGCCGAAACGCCAAUCAAAUCGCCCCUCAAGGAGUCCUGUGAUUCAUCAUCAGAAUUGGCAGGACCUGGGGCCAGAACCCAAGAAUCACAAGAAGCCGAUGAACAGCUGAUAGCAGAAGUGGUUGAAAAAUGCCCAUCUGAGACUUGUUCUAGACCCUCAGAAAAUGAGGUUCCACCACAGGCCAUUGGUUCUCGCGCAGUCAAGGAUUUCAAAGAAGAGCCAGCACAUGACAGUAGCAAGAUUUCAGUGGUGAGGCCAUUUUCCAUAGAAACCAAGAAUUCCACAGAUACGCCGGCAGCUCUAGGAACAGAAGCAGCUGAUGGCUGUGUGACUGUGGUCUUGGAUGAGGCUUUGCCCUCCAGUGUGCCAGAAGCCAACCACGGCAAGGCAAUGACAGAAGGCAGCAUGGGGAUUAUGCUAGAAGCUCCCACCGAAGCUGAUCUCAAGGCUGGACACUCCUGUCCACAGCCUGUGCCCAGCAGAAGCAAGCUACGAAAGCCCAAACCUGUCUCUCUGAGGAAGAAAACAACAGGGCGAGAGUUCUCAGAAACUGAAUCUGCUGUGGACGAAUUGGAUGAAAACCCAAACCCUUCUAUCCUAGGAGGCUCCAGGAUCCAGAAAUCACUGCCCGAUGUUAAAGGAACCUCAGGCGCGCUCAGUAGCGACACCACUGAUGCAGGGGUUGAGCUGCUGGAGGAGGCGAGGAGCUCACCUCUCAAACUUGAGUUUGAUUUCACAGAAGAUGUGGAAAAUGUAGAGGCCAGAAAAGCUCUUCCAAGGAAACUUGGCAGGAAACUGGGUAACAAACUGACUCCCAAGAUACAAAAAGAAGGUGUCAGUAAGCCUGUAGAUAAAGAGCAGCCUCCAGACCCAGCAGCCAGCGAUGCUUCUCUCUCCCAAGUAUCUUCCAGGCUAGGCCCCAGUGAGUGGGACAACCCCAACUGUAGCCCCUUUGGGAGCCGCUCCAUCCUGCAGAACUCCCCACCCCUUUCCUCUAAGGGCUCCUACCACUUUGACCCAGAUAACUUUGACGAAUCCUUGGAUCCCUUUAAAUCAACUAUGACUUUAACAAGCAGUGACUUUUGUUCUACCACUGGUAAUCAUAUAAAUGAAAUCUUAGAGUCACCCAAGAAGGCCAAGUCGCGUUUAAUAACGACUACUGAACAAGUGAAAUUUCUCUGUUUUCUGUUGAGUGGCUGUAAGGUGAAGAAGCAUGAAACUCAGCCUCUUGCUUUGGAUGCAGGUUCUCAGGACGAAGGAGCAGUGAUCUCCGAGCUCUCAGACAUUUCUCAUAGGGAUGGCCACGCUACCGACGAGGAGAAGCUGGCGUCCACGUCGUGUGGUCAGAAAUUGGCUGGGGCCGAGGGGAAAGGUGAGCCAGAGGAAGACCUGGAGUACUUUGAAUGUUCCAAUGUUCCCGUGUCUACCAUAAAUCAUGCGUUUCCAUCCUCAGAAGCAGGCCUAGAGAGAGAGGCGUGCCGGAAGAUGGAAAAAGACGGCUGUGCUGUGCCUGGACUGCUCGAGGCCUCCCAGGAGAAGGCCCCUGUGUCGGUGGCCUGCGGUGGCGAGAGCCCCCUGGAUGGGAUCUGCCUCAGCGAAUCCGAUAAGACGGCCGUGCUCACCCUGAUAAGAGAAGAGAUAAUCACUAAAGAGAUUGAAGCAAACGAAUGGAAGAAAAAAUACGAAGAGACCCGACAAGAAGUCUUGGAGAUGAGGAAAAUUGUGGCUGAAUAUGAAAAGACCAUUGCUCAAAUGAUUGAAGAUGAACAGAGGACGAGCAUGACCUCCCAGAAGAGCUUCCAGCAGCUGACCAUGGAGAAGGAGCAGGCCCUGGCCGACCUUAACUCUGUGGAGAGGUCCCUUUCUGAUCUCUUCAGGCGAUAUGAGAACCUGAAAGGCGUUUUGGAAGGCUUCAAGAAGAAUGAAGAAGCCUUGAAGAAGUGCGCUCAGGAUUACUUAGCCAGAGUUAAGCAAGAGGAGCAGCGCUACCAGGCCUUGAAGAUGCAUGCGGAAGAGAAGCUAGACAAAGCCAAUGAAGAGAUCGCUCAGGUUCGGACCAAAGCAAAGGCCGAGAGCGCGGCUCUCCACGCCGGACUCCGGAAAGAGCAGAUGAAGGUGGAGUCCCUGGAGAGGGCCCUGCAGCAGAAGAACCAAGAAAUUGAAGAACUGACGAAAAUCUGUGACGAGCUGAUCGCCAAGCUGGGAAAGACUGACUGAGGUUCCCUCCCGUAGCUCAGCAGAUAGUGCAUUUGGCUGCUUCUCUCCUGACCACAGUUACCUUGCCUUAUCCAGGAGUAAUCGCCCCUUUGCAGAGAAAAACAGACUUUGAAAAAGCACAUGGCUACCAAUGCCUGUCCCGCUUUGCCACGACGCCACAGCCCUGGGAGAAGCCCCGAGCUCCACAGGGUCAGGAAGGGCGCUGCCCGUUCCCCCCCACCCCUGCCAGCUGCACACACAGACCACCACACGGGGGCCUCCGACUCCUCGCUCUUCCAUGGUUCUUACCCCAAGCGUGUUACAUUUGUGAUUUUGUGGCUUCUAGUUGCUGUCACUGCCUUUCUAAAACCACCCGAUGAUUUUGUGUGACCUAUUGUUUAGUCUUGUAAUUUCCAGUGCCAUUGGUUUUACUUGAGAUAAUUUGAUCUGAUCUUACUUGCAGUUUGCAAACAAGAAGGGGCCCUGAGUACCUGCACCCCCACGGUCACACGCUCCUCUCUACACAGUUCCAUGUGCUGCUGCUUUUCCCUGAAGCACAGUCAAAUAAGAUCCAGCGCGCGCAAGAACGUGUUUCUGUGAACGUCAAACCCCGUUUCUAAAUAGAGUCCUGGCUCUGAAUGCCAACUGGAGGAUUUGGAGGCCAGGGAAAAGACGAGGAGGGCUCCUGGCCGUCCCGUCGUGGUCUCACCUCAGCUUUGGGGGGUGUGACCCCCAGGGCUUCCUCCUCAGCCUCCGUGUGAACCAUGGGGUUGGCCUCCCGCUAAGCUGGGUCUUGGCAGCUCUGGCCUGGGGUCGCUCGGAAUCCUCUGCUGCUGUCACUGUUGCAGAAUCAACACCUGAUCUUUGCUGUCUUUCAGAUACACAGAGAAAAUCAGCUAUGAAAGGUUUAGAUGGUCUCAUUUAAUUAAAAAGUAACGAGCCGCAUUAGCCAAUACUAGGUAAAGAAACUUUUUUCAAACUUACCAAUGUGAUGCACUGUUCUUCAGAUAUUUAAAAAACAACAAAAACCAACAUCAGAAAGUCCUUUCAGAGUUGAGAUAGUAUUUUUAACUAAACAGGCAGUACAAAUCACAUGAACCGCUCCAGAAAUCGGCUCCUUUCGAAUGUUUUCAAACAGAGGCCGUUUGGAUGCUGGGGAAGGAGAGCAGGAGGGAGGACCAGCCUCCCAGCACCCAGUCCCCGGAGCUCUCACUGGGCCCCGCUCAGCAUUAACCCUCCACUGCGAGUUUUCCACGGGACACCAGUGGAUCCCCUCCCGUGUGUCAGGCAAAACCAGAUCCACGCGCGUGUUUCCAGGCGCGCCCACCCUCACACAUCCCCACGGAGCCGCGCGCUGCGUUCAGCUCGUGCACCUCUCCCAUGCUGCGAGACUGUUACAUGACCCAGCUCAGCAGGGAGUGCGCCUAGUGGAGAGCCUCUGUAGGUGUUGAGAAGCUGUCUUUUCCCUAGCAGAGUGUUCACGGAGGUGCGGUCUUCAGCCCCAGGGAAGUCGAGAGCACCUUUCAAAGCAGAGGUCCCGUUUCACCAACACGCGUUUAUCACCCUCGGUGCUUAGGCUGCAUUUUGAAGCCUAUCGUCUUAACAUUUUGUACAAAACAAAAACAGAAACAGGCUGGCUGUGGUUGGAGAGGUGGCUUGACAAUCAUCUGGGCCUUGGAAGUUGUGGUUUCCCGUGAGCAUCGCUCUCGCCUCCAUGUCAAGUGCAAGUGUCGCUCCUGCGGCCGGGACCCACCUGCUGCCUUGGUCUUCUCUACAACAAGAAAAAUUAACUUGGCUUGUGCUGAAAGAAGUAGUGCCAGCCCUCUCUGUGUUUGGGUGACGUACCCAUGUCUGCUUGUCUUAUGCUGAUGUAUUUAAGUAGGAAAGGCCCAGGUUGGCGUCCAUUUAUAGACUUAGCUACUCUAAAGGUGCAGAGUAUGUGUUAGAACAGAGCGGGUGACAGUCUGUCCGAGGACCCCCUUAAAAACUAGACCCCAGUGAACGCAAUGCUGCACAAGCACACGGGCGCCCGCGCUAAGUCACAGUUGCUGCUGGCUGCUCAGCCGCACUAUCAGAAGGCCGUGUGCGCCAGUCCGAUGUACUAGACGGCUGCUCUCCAAGGAGAAUUGAAGUGUGUCUUACCCAUCAGGCAAGUCAAGAAAAUAGACUAGGCAGUAUGAAGCAUGUUUACUUUCCAUUAAAACCAAGCAAAAAAGGUUUUGGAACUUUUGAAUGUAGAAUAUAUUUAAAAUAUAUAUAGAAUAUAGUCUAGAGGUUGCUUCAGCACAUGUGAGGGCCUGAUGUCACUUGCCUGUUGGGCAAUGCAGGGCCCUGUCACCAAAAUGCAGGGGGAAGAGGAGGCAGCCGCUGGCCUGCGUGUGGUUCGGGGACGUCGGGUGGUUUCUUGGGCUCCGGGUCCCAAGCCUUUGUCCUAGUGUUCGGCUUUGCCGAGGCGUGUGGUGUCCUUCCCUGCGGUGUGCUGACGGGAGACAGGCCUCUGCCUGCAACCGCGACCUGCCGAGCCCUUUGUUCUGCAAGGCUGCUCCGGGAACACCGAGAAGCCCCGCGUUCCACAUGUGGUUUCUGGCUUCUUCAGACCCAGCCCAAAUUAGGAAGUGCAGAAGCACAUGAGGGCGCAAGGCUCGGAGGCCCUGGCAGCCGGCCAGAGUGCUGUGGCCUCCAAGGGGAGAUUUACGUUUGGCUUUGGAGGGCAGCUCAGGCUGCCUUCUCUUUCCAGCCGGCUGCUCUCUGUGCCCGCCCCCGACGCGAGGACUUAGGUCUCAGACAGCCCUGGGUUGGUCCUGCCCACUCAGCGGCAUAAACCCCCUGCAGGUGUUCCCCGGGUGGAAGCGCUCCCUGCCAGCAAAGGCUACAGAGGGCCUCGCGGCGACUCCCACGUGACUCCGUGCAUCCUUUUUGAGCGGAGUGAGCCUCAAGCUCUCCUUUUCUUUCCUCGGUGUCCCCGCAGUCGGUGAGCAUCUCCUGAGUCGUUCGUAGGCGGCUGUCAUCUGCAGCCAUGAGCCGCGAGCCUGCACGCCGACUCCGGUUUGGAAAGAGUCAAACUGGGAUUUGAAAGAUGAAACGAGUCCAGCAAGGACUGUGAAUGCAGAUGUAUAUAUUCUGAAUAGUUUAAGAGAGAACAGAUGUAGUCUGGGAGUCCCAGGAUGUCAAGCCAAAGGUCUAAGAAGUCGUCUUCAGAGGCUUUUAAUAAAAGAGGUAUUUUGAGGCGAUUUCUGUCCACAGAGGGUUGCCUGGCUUCCAGAUUCCAGUUAUUUUGAGGAAGCAAUUUACCACUCAAACCUAUAGCCUCCCAAUUGCUAAAAAUAAAUUAUUACAGACCCUGUGUCUGAGGGUCUCCUCUGGAGACCAUCUGAGUGACAGCGUUCUCCAGUGACCGCUGGAGCCCUGUGCCCGAGCUCGCUUCUGGAGACUAAAGAUUGCACUUUCAUAGUUGUUUUUCUUUUAAUCCAAAUGCAAUCCCAUUUCUGUGCCUCUUAGCAUGCAGUUAGAAUUGGACACACAAGAUUCCUAAGGAAUGACUUUAUCAACUGCAAUAUGGUUACAGCUACUACAUAUGUAUUCUGGCCACUGUCCUACCACGGGGAUGCUGUGUGCAGUGCUGGCCUGGGCCAUCUGCUUUCGUCCGAGCGGAGGCCAGGCUUGGGGCCGACAGUGGCCUGACUUCCCUGUAUCGAUUCUGAAGAUGCCACUUUGUCCCCACUCUGCCUUUCAGUGGUAUCUGAAUUAGACUCCAAAAAAAGUACUUCCCCAUCAUGUGGUUAACUGAUAGCCCAUAUUUACAAAUGACCUUCCAGUGGGCUCCAAAACCAGCCUCCGUGCAGAUACAGGGAAGUGUGCAGGCCCCCCUCCCACCGCCCGCCCCGACUCAGCCUCUGCCUCCACCCAGGCUCCAGGCUUUUCUUCUAGAUCCCAGCGGUAGCAGUCAACUCUGCAGCAUUGCUGUUAGCCAGUGCGUGUUUGCCACUAGUUCCCCCACUGUACUAAUGUGCCAACGAGUCCAGUGUCCACUGCGCGUCCUGCACUGUGUCCCCUUGGGUGCCACGGAGCACACGAGGACCCUCAGCGAGUGGGUGGGCGGGCGCUGCAUUGACUACUGUCAGGAUUGUGUCGUGUGGGAUAAUCAUCUACAUAAAUUUUAUAUACAUAGUAAUUUCCCUUUUUAUAUGUCAGGUAAAUAUUUGUAAAAGCUAUACUCACACAAAUGAAAUUAUAAUGAUUACUAAUAUAUUUUUUCCAUGUUUCAUUGCCUGAAUAAAAACUAUUUACCACUGA